CCCCAAACAUCCGCAAUAGAAGCAUGGAGGAGCUAUCCGGCUGUUGGCGCGAAGCCGCCCGCGCCGACGCCGUCGCAAUCGAACUCCUCAAAAUCCGCACCCAUCUAACCUCCUCAUCCGUCGCACUUCUCUCCUCUUCCUCCUCUCAUCUCCACUCCCCCUCCCUAUCAGAUUCCCACCCCGAUUCCCCCGAUAUAUCCGAGUAUGAAAUCAUCACCGCGAUUCUCCGGCACGUCGAACAAACGUCCCGGCUCCUCCGCGACUUGCACGAUCUCUUCCCGAUCUUCCGAUUGCGCGUUCCGGUCGUGAUAUAUUAUUUAACAGUCAUCCUACCGUGUUUGCAAAAAACGCUCAGGGAUAUGCUGGCGUUUUUGCUCUGUGAUGAUUGGUCCAUUAGAAUGAAAUGGAUGUUGAUGCAUGAACGGUUGAAUGUACAGGGGGGCAUGACGUUGGCGUUGCGGUUUGUGAUGUAUGUGGAUUUUUUGGUGCAGUGUGUGAGAUUGUUGAGUAGAUCACCAACUUACGAUCCCACGACGUUGGAAUUGCUGCGCUUGAGGAUUUUAAGGCUGAGAUCUUUGAGGGGGAUUCCUGCACCUCCAGUUCCGAUACAGCCACAUCUUGCUCCUGCGCAACCGAAUCUUAUGGAAAUUGAGAGACGGCACUGGGCGGAAAAGAUCUUUGAUGAUCAUGCGCAACCGCUUUCGCAAGCGCUUUUGAAACACAGGCGAGAAUCGAGAUGUUGGGGUCCAUCGAUGAAUCUUAUGAAGUUGGGUAUCCCUCCGCAAUCAAAAGUUUUGUUCAAAUUAUCCUUUGACAAAAAUCACCUCUCUGUAACACUCUACCUCGAUGAUACAACACUUCAUCAAUCCCCCCAUUUGCUCUGUCGCUGGAUGGAUAAGCAAAAUAAUCCUCACUAUUCUUCUUUUGGUGUUCAUGAGCUGUGUAUUCGGAGACAUGGAAGUGCCUUGUGUUUCAAGAGGUGGAGAAUGGUGCUCUUCCACUGCUCAUUCGUAGCACUCAAAGCGCGUUCCCAACUCACAAAUUUGAUACCAAGAGAUGAUUAUAUUAUUGCUGGAGAAGUAAAGAUUUUUCAAGGAGAUGCGAAACCUGGACUAGGAAAACGAGUUACCGGACACAUAUUAGACGAUGGAUUCCACCACUCUCUCUUCGUCUACGAAAAUCAACAAACCCAUACCUUACGUCUUCACGCCGCGGUUGCAAAUGGAGAAUUGAGGAAAUGUCCUAUUUGGACUGCUUUUAUAACCGACCUCCAAGUCACAUCCGAUACUUGGCUAGCGCGACAUUCGCGUCAUCGUGUUUGGGUAAAAGAUUUGCAUCUCUAUGUUUUUUGUGAUGAAUAUUCGAGACGUGCGCAGGUGAGGAAACAUGGGGAGUUUGAAUUGAAUUUUGUGCAUGGAGCUGCAGCAGAUGCAUUCAUAAGCGUAUUCUACCCUCUAGAUUCUGACUCGGAAUCCGAGCGCGCGAUCGAAGAUAUGCCGGGGCAUGCAUCGGCUGAACUUUAA